CUCUCGCUCUCUCUCUCUCUCUCUAGGAAGGCGAGAGAGUUGUCUCUCUCUAACGUUUCUCUCGCUCUAAAGAGUCUCUCACAUCUCUGUUCUCUAACGCAGCAUCGCUUAACUCCAGGCCUUUCAAGUUCCUCUCUCUAAAAUUUGAAGGCAUUGUUCCUCUUUCACUUUCUCUACUUCUCUCUCUAGAAAGAUCAGGCUAUGGCAGGUGGCCAAUCGCUCCUGGCAGCGUGUGGUGGUGACACAGUAAAGCUAUUCAACGUCUCAACAGAGCCUGGAGACCCCUGCACCCUCCAUUACUCGCCUUCUCCUGGUUUCCAGGUUAACUCAGCCAAAUGGAAUCACACCAAUUUAGUUGUUGCCAGUGCUGGAGAUGACAAGAAAAUCUCUUUGUGGCAGAAGAAUGGACAGAGUUUGGGGACAGUGCCGCCAUCUGGCACUGAUGUAGGUGAUAAAAUUGAUGAGUCUAUUUUGGCUAUCAGCUUUAGCAAUAAAGGUUCCAGGUAUCUUUGUUCUGGGGGCACUGGUCAAGUGGUGCGGAUUUGGGAUUUGCAAAGGAAGCGGUGCAUAAAAUGGUUGAAGGGUCACACUGAUACAAUUACUGGUGUUAUGUACAAUUGCAAAGAUGAACAUUUGGCAUCCAUUAGUUUAAAGGGGGAUCUCAUUCUUCACAACCUUGCAUCUGGUGCCCAGGCUGCAGAGCUCAAAGAUCCAAAUCAACAGGUAUUGAGAGUGCUUGAUUAUUCUCGAACUAGCAGGCAUGUUUUGGUCACAGCUGGUGAUGAUGGGUCUGUACAUUUGUGGGAUACUACUGGGCGUAGUCCAAAGAUUUCCUGGCUGAAGCAGCAUUCUGCACCAAUUGCUGGUGUUUGCUUCUCUCCCCAAAAUGACAAGAUAAUUGCCAGUGUUGGCCUGGAUAAAAAGUUAUAUACUUACGACACAGGGUCAAAGCGAGCAACAUAUUGCAUUCCUUAUGAGGCGCCAUUCUCUUCACUGGCAUUCAAAGAGGAAGAUUGGCUACUGGCUGCUGGAACCAACAGUGGUCGUGUUGUCUUUUAUGAUGUUCGUGGGAAACCACAGCCAUUCACCGUGCUACGUGCCUAUGGCAAUUCGGAGGCCGUUACAAGUUUAUGCUGGCAAAGGUCAAAACCCAUUGUUGUAAAUGAAAAUAAUUGUACCACUGAGGCUGCUCUUUUGGGAGGUGCUGGGGACGACUCAAUCCUCAUGCCAGAUCCUCUUCCUUCAAUGACAUCAUCAGCUCCUUCUUCUACAGUAGUUUCUAGUUUGCGUAGUUCUGGGCGUGUGCCGUCCAUGUCUGAUGCUUCUUUUACAACUACGAGCAUUGGUUUGCCAACUAACACGUCAUUCCUAUCCACUCCAGAGGAAACUCCAACUCGAAAUCAUUUACUAACAACAGGGUCCCUAGCAAAGUUACAGGCUGCUCGUUCUAGUUACAAUUUCAAAGAUGAUAUGGAAGUCUUCUCUCCUUUAGUGGAUGUCCAACCAAUUACACCGUCACUGGGUAAUUGGGAUGAUCAUGAUGAUUUGAAAAAGGAUCACACUUUGGUUGAUAAAAGGCCAGGACUACUGUUUCCUUCAUCAAUAAGGAGAUUUCCUCAUUUGAAGGAUGGGAAUUCUGAUUCGCAUCCAAUCUCAGAUUGGAAAUCUACGUUAAGUUCAAGACAGGAUGAUUCUCAAACCUCUUCACUGGCAAGCUCCACACCUGUGACAUCGACAUCGUCAAGGAGCGAUCGGUCCUUUUCUGCAAAUCCACCUGAAGCUUGGGGUGACGAUAUAGUGGCGGAUAAGUUAACUCGCCAUCGUCAGCUAAUUGGCAUGUCAUCUCGUCUUAUGACCAGCAGUCAAUCAUCAUCUGGGGCAACAGUGCCUAGUUCUGUUUUAGGAGGCUUGCAUGAUUCAUCAAUAUCUGUAGGCCUCACUAGUGCAAGUUAUCUAUCAAGCACAAGCCUAAGUGCGCCUCAACUUCAAGGCAAAGACAUCACUGGCCAUGAGAUCCCUUCCUUGCUUGCUGACUCAUCUUCCAAUCUUAAUUCUACUCUAUCUACAUCAAUAGGAUUCAAAAGCAUGCAGGGACCAUCUAAUCUUGAAGUUCCGGGAUCAGUACCUGUGAACCUCGCAAGAAAAUACACGACUUAUGCUGAGAGGAUAAGUAACCGUGCAUCCUUUGGUGAUGGGGCGGCUAUUGUGUCUGGCUCGCCCAAGUUGAAGAAAACAGGAGUAGAAACCAGGGAAGAGCUUAUGAAUGCCUCACUUCUGAGAUCAGAUACAUCGGCUCCUGCAAGCUCUGGAAUUCCUCCUGUUGCCAAUGGACCCUUAUCACAUUCUCAGAAGGGUCUGGGUCUGGGUCAGCAUGAACAUCAACAGCUCGGGACUCCAUCUUUUGCUCUGCAGCUGGUUCAGCGCACUCUCGAGGAGACCCUAAGUUCUGUUCAGAAGUCGAUUCAUGAUGAUGUCAGAAACCUUCAUAUUGAGCUGCUGAGGCAGUUCCAUAUGCAUGAGAUGGAAAUGUCGAGCUUGUUGAACUCUGUUCUAGUAAAACAAGAGGAGAUGAUGAAGGAAAUUCAGGCGCUUCGGAAAGAGAAUCAGCAACUUCGCCAGACAUUGCUUUGAGGGUCUUAAUGUACAGGGAUGAGGUUUGCUUGGGGCAAUGCGUGGUAUUGUAGGUUGAGCUUUGUGCUGAUUGUCUUGCUGUCUUGUAGAGUUAAUGUUUCCAAUAUGUUUUGGUUGGUUUUCUUGGCUUAUUAUCGUUCUCUUUAAAAUAGGAUGAAGUUUUCAUAAGGCCUAGGCUUUAUGGAAACAAAUAAAGCUGCAUGUCAAAUCCACGUCUAGAAAGCACUCUCGGCAGCGGAAAUCUCCAUGAUCACUCUAAAAUAAAUUUCCAACACCGGCAAUAAAUUUUGAAACUCAAAAA